GGUUCUGCUUCCGGGUCACGCUGCCCUGACGGGGCUCCGAGCUGAGCGUUGCCUGCCUCGACCCGCUGACGCUGCCAUGUCCCCCGCGGGACGCGCUGCCGGUGCCGGCUCCGGAGCUGCCGCCGCAAGGUGCAGAAAGGUCUUCAUGAAGCAGUGCUACUUGUACAAACUCGGCAGAUUGCUUACUCACAGACCUACUAGUAUGCCAUUCAAGACCGAUGCCAAGGCUUUGAAGACUGCAGAUGAAGACAACCAUUCUAAUCAUUUAAGCAUAUUAAAAUUAAUACUCAUGGAAGAGGCACAAGACUUACCAGAACAACCAGUGAAAAAGGCCAAGAUGCAGGAAUCUGGAGAACAAAAUUUAAGUCAAGUGAGCACCACAGAAGUCAGUGAUCAGAAAUCUGAAUCUUCAAACCUUGGCCCAAACCUUCCCAUGUCAAGUGAAAUUCUGACAUGCACUGAUUACAUCCCAAGGUCGCCAAAUGACUAUACCUCACAGCUAUAUUCUGCAAAGCCAUAUGCACAUAUCCUUUCUGUACCUAUAUCCGAAACGAUGACCCCUUAUCCUGGUCAGACUCAGUAUCAAGCUCUACAGCAGACUCAACCCUACGCCAUCUACCCACAGACAACCCAGACCUACGGACUACCUCCUUUUGGUGCACUGUGGCCAGGUAUGAAACCUGAAAGUGGUUUAAUUCAGACUCCAUCUCCAAGUCAGCACAAUGUUCUUACCUGCACUACAGGGUUAACCACAAGCCAGCCCUGCCCAGCACAUUAUUCUUAUCCUAUUCAAGCAUCAACUACCAAUGCUAGCCCAGUCUCCACGUCCUCGACUGUUGUCAAUAUUUCAACACCAGCUGUAGCCAGCAUCUCACACCAGGAAUACCCUACCUACACAAUUCUCGGCCAAAGCCAGUACCAGCCAUGCUACCCGAGUUCUGGCUUCGGGGUUAUAGCACCAGCAGACAGCAGCAUGGAGAGUCCCACGUUAGCAACCACCACAUAUCCAAUUGAAAAAGCAAAUGCCAUGGUGCCUACACGGACGGAGCAGAGACUUUUCUCUGGAGAUCCAUCCACAAGUCCAUCUUUGCCAAGAGCAACAGCCAGUAAAGAGUUAGAUGAACAGACUAGGAAAAACAUGGCUGGGAAAAACAGGGGCAAGAGGAAAGCAGAUGUCUCCUCCCCUCAGGACAGUGAACUGGAACGAGUCUUUCUAUGGGACUUGGAUGAGACCAUCAUCAUUUUCCAUUCCCUUCUCACAGGGUCGUACGCCCAGAAAUACGGAAAGGACCCAACUCUAGUGAUUGGCUCAGGUCUGACAAUGGAGGAGAUGAUUUUCGAAGUGGCAGACACACACUUAUUUUUCAAUGACUUAGAGGAGUGUGACCAGGUUCAUGUAGAAGAUGUUGCAUCAGAUGACAAUGGACAAGACUUAAGUAACUACAGUUUCUCCACGGAUGGCUUCAGUGGCUCAGGAAACAACGCAAAUCACAGCUCCGCAGUGGGGGCACAGGGAGGAGUGGACUGGAUGAGAAAACUGGCUUUCCGCUACCGCAAAGUGCGAGAGAUCUAUGACAAGCACAAAAGCAAUGUUGGAGGCCUCCUCAGCCCACAGAAGAGAGAAGCUUUGCAGAGACUACGGGCUGAUAUAGAAGUGUUAACGGAUUCCUGGCUGGGAACUGCAUUAAAAUCCCUACUUCUCAUACAAUCCAGAAAAAAUUGUGUGAAUGUCCUGAUCACGACGACACAACUGGUGCCAGCUCUCGCCAAAGUUCUCUUGUACGGCUUGGGAGAAGUGUUCCCCAUUGAAAAUAUUUAUAGUGCUACAAAAAUAGGUAAAGAGAGCUGUUUUGAGAGGAUUGUAUCACGAUUUGGAAAGAAAGUAACUUAUGUGGUGGUCGGAGAUGGGCGCGAUGAAGAGAUAGCAGCUAAACAGCACAACAUGCCCUUCUGGAGGAUCACGAACCACGCAGACCUUGUGUCCCUUCACCAGGCCCUCGAGCUAGACUUCCUGUAAGAAGCUGAGAGGAGCAAAUGUAGCUCCUUUCAAGCCCCUCUCCAGGAGGGGCAGAAAUCUUGUCCGUCUGGGAGCUUUCUUUUCACCUUGAUGAAGAAAUGUAGCUAAUGCAAACUGUAUAGUAGGAGGUGACAUCCGGUCACUUCCUCAGGAGCACGGGUACUGCCAGGUACAGAGGGGUUUACCCAAAGCAGCAGACACAGCAUAGCUGCCGUUUUUAAUUGUUCUCUGUUUUCUAAAGAAGGGAAUGGCGGGGGCUAAGGACCUCUAGCUGGUAAUCGCCAGAGAUUCACUGUGCUUAUCCUUAUGGUCAUAUAAUAGCAGCAGACUUUUGUAAGAUCCCUCUCCCAUUCUAACCAACUUAGUUAUAGAACCCACAGUGAAUGUAUAGACUAUAGAUUAUUUUUAUAGAAAAGAGUGCACCGUCUGGGGCAGGGUUGAAUUUUCCCCGUCUUGCAAGGCCAAAAAGUCUGUUAAUUUUGAAAUAUUAAUGAAAAUGUAAAAAAUACCUCUGUCACUGUGAAAAUGAGCCCUGCCCCCACCCCAUCUGUUCAGAGGAGUUAAUUUAGUGUCAUUUCUUUAGAUUUUGUUCCAAGACAGCUUCACUGAAUAGUAACGAGGAAGAAGGGCAUGUAUCCAGGACUUGUAGUUCCCCAUAUAGGAAAAGGUCUGCUUUCCUAGUGAAUCCUUGCAUCUCUAUUCAGUCACCACAGACCCCUUCCCCAGGCCCUGUCUCCCAGCUAAGAAUUACCAAAUUCUAGCCUCGCCAAUGGCCCGUGAUCUGGACUACAGAGUGAUGGGCACUAUAGGAACAUGUGCUGUAUUUCAUUCAGCACUGCUGAUGUGAUGGGAGGUUCUUCACUUGGCCACCAGUCAUUUGAGGCACAAUUAUCCUCAUAAAUUAUAUUAGGAAAGGAAAUGUCAAUGAGCUUUCUGGGCUGUUUCUCCCAGUUCCAUCUGUGUCCAGUAAGUUCCUGUUGGCAGAAUCAGGUUCAAUUGCUUGGAUUCCUCCUGCCACUACACUACAGACCCAGUUACACCCAACAAAAAUCCCUUUGUCAGUGGAAUUCUGUUCUCUAGGACAACUGAGACCCAGAGCCACUAGCAAUGAGUGGAGAUACCCACCCCCCAACCCCCUCCCCCACUGCACCCAGAUAUGGAUUGUAGCUACAUUGACCUUUCUGCCAGGGCGUAAGUGACAGCAGCUCCCAGUGAGAAGACCUGUAUCUUAGCACCACCCUGCUCAGUACUGGCCAUGUGUUAGACCUUGGAGAUUGUCAGAGGGCAGUUCCAGUGUUAGCUGCAGGGCUUUGUUCUGCAUAGCUCUCCCCAUCCCAUGUGAAAUUCUUCUUCCUCCUUCCUAAGCAUGUGCCAUGGUAGCAUCUGAACAUGUAGCUACUCAGAGGUUCCUGUGUACAAUGCAGGAGCCUCUCAUGUCCAGCAGCAGCACGUCCUCUCUGCUGUUCUUGCUCAGCUGGGAUAUGAAAGGUUUGAUGUACCCGAAGGAUCCCAUCAUUAGACAUCCUGAGCUCCCUAGACAGCCCUUCAUCUGUGAUCUGGAACUUGUAGAGGGGAUGGUCUGGGAAGCUCAGCACCUCACUCCAAAGAGCUACACGCUGAGAGGGACAUUGAGCAGCUGCAUGUUUUGGCCAUAGCUACCAAAGUGCCUGACCUACUCUCCCAUCCCAGCAAGCUCAUGCAUUUCUAAGGAAAUCCACUGCAGUGAGCCCUGUCUGUGCCAGAGACACUGUCUGAGAAUUUGGCAUUAUGGCUAGCACCAGCUCAGCUGCACGGGUGUUGGCAGUGCUGGAGCCUGCUGGCUGCUGCCACUGUUCUAAGCACUGUCAGCUCUGAACCCUGGGACAGCUGGAUGGGUUUGCUAAUCUAGGCAGAGCCAGAGUGGUGAGAACUGGGGAAGCAUAGGGGUCUCUGGAUUUCAGGUAUAUUUAUAUCUCUGACCUCCUUGAUAAAACAACAAAUAAGGAGUGUUGUCUCCUCCCAAUGACCAAAGGGAGCCCUGGAACUAGGAGCCUGCCUUUCUUGUUCUAUCCACUCACUAGGCACUAGUUUUGCACUCUAACCUUAAACUGAUAUACUCCAGAGCUGGGUGCAUUUAUAGCUGACUCCCCAGGAAAUUUCUUCCAUGUGUUUAAUACCGGGUACAUAGAAACCAUUCAGUCUGGGAAGCAUCUUCCCUGGUAGAGAAUCUGUGAUGCCAGUUUCAACAGUGAGUAGUUACUUUAUAGCUCAUUAUAUGGGAAUUGUCGUAAUGUUUGGAACUACAUCUGUAUUUGUAACUACUGCUCUGUUCCCUGCAUUGGUGGCCGGAGGGAGGCUGCCUGGUCAUGUAGUGUUCAGACACACCAGUGUCUCUCGCUCAUGUUGCUGCCAUUACCCCAGUGAGGUUUACACACUGGCAUUGGAAGGAGACUCCAUUGUCUCUGCUCUCCCUAACAUGUGGUGUGCUGGGGGAGAAGGACUUGGGGCAGGGAAGGCAUGCGCUGUAUAUGGAGGUGCCCGUGUAUUUGGGGAUGCUAGAGGAGUGUGGCAAGGGAUGUUCUAUGUGUGACAGGAGGUACUGGAGUUGCCUUGUUCUCCACUCCUUAAAGCACCUAUUUGUAAAAUAAAGCCCAUAGAAGGGUUAGCUACUACAUUAACCACCGAGAGUGGGGAGGAGCCAGCAGGAAAUUAACCAUGUGAAAAUGUAUAGUUUCCAAAGAGACAGAUGCUGUGUGCGUCUGAAGAUGAGAAGUCUACUUUGGAUGAUCAAAGGAGAAUCCGUUCUGGUUUCCAUAAGCAUCUCUCGCUGGUGAGGGUCACUAGCCAGAAGCUCUUUUGUAAACAUGCUUGAGGCACUUUGUCCUGUGAAACUGAGCCUGUUUGGAACACGUCUCUCAUACUUCAGUGAGCUUAACUUGUGAUUUGAAACCUGUGCCUUAACCUUGGGAACCCCCCCCCUCUUUCACUUCAGUCAUUGUACAAAGUAGAACUGCAGGGGAGCCCUGCCUGGGGGGAUCCUCUGGUGCUCGUAGUGAGUGUAGAAGCCAAGGUAUUGAGCAAUCAGAUAGCUGACAGGCUUUGCUUUGUGUUUGUUUACUUCAGAUUAUUUUAAGGAACCUUUAAGACCUCAGCAAAAUUUAGGCUGAGUGUGAAACUAUUGCAGCCAGUGACAUUUCCUAGUGAUAUUUAUACGAUGUCUCCUCGAAUGUAUGUAAAAUACUUUUCUACCAGGAGGUUGAUGGUACAUUUGUGUGUUACAUUAAUAAAGGUUAACCUGGCUGUUUUAUUCUUUCCUCGGCUGGCUGCAUUUGUGAGACUUGUCCCUUCUCUAAUGACCUGGCAGGCAUGGGAUUCUCUUCAGAAGAGGAUUGUUUGAAAACCAUUUCUGCUGCCUGCUGUUUUGUUGCUUUUUGAUUAUUUUCAAUUUGAUUGUAAUUUAACCAGCAACUUGUCAAAUUCUAAAGCUGGAAAAUCUGCACAGCCCUAAAAUGCUCCCUCUGAGCAUUCCUGUGCCCUCCUGGUGGAGUCGGUAAAGUCUGUGUCCUCAGCUUUGCUGUAGCCCUUUAAAAAUUUUAAAAACCAGCCUAUUGAUGCUUACUGGUUCCCAGUGCCCUGGCAGGGCUGCAUUACCCCUUUGUACUCAAGUAUAUUAGCAAGCAGGUGGUUCCCCCUGGACCUGCCAGAUGCCUUACACAGAACUAGGUGUUGGUUGCAGUGUAUGUAUAUGACUGAGGGCAUUAAUGGCUGUGGAUUCCAUGACCAGUCAUGUUCUGUGUGAUAGGAACUGUCCUAUAAACUGGAAAAAUAAAGUCUAUUUUCUGUAAUAAUUGCUAUGGUCUGUUCUCUGAAAACCUGACUGUCACAUCUCCGCCCAGCAGCAAUUGUGCCCUGGCACGGAUGGUGUCCCUAGCCUCUGUUUGCCAGAAGCUGGGAAUGGAUCACUUGAUCAUUAUCUGUUCUGUUAAUUUCCUCUGGGGCAUCUGGCAUUGGCCACUGUCGGAAAACAGGAUAAUGGUAGGUGGACCUUUGGUCUGACCCAGUCUGGCAGUUCUUAUGUUUAGUGUAAAUGGAACUAAAGCCACUCCGCUGGCUUUAAAAUCCAGUGUGACAGUCCUGGAGCUGAUUAUGGGCAGGGGAAAAUUCUGAACCCUCUCCUGGAGGGGCCAUCUCUCAGGGCGAAUGAGGAGCAUGCUCUUCAUGGCUCAUGCCAGACUUUUGCCUCUGGGUUGUGGCUGCCAACGUGGGGUAGUUUGUGCUUGCUGCGUGGGCUGGACGGAGAACCACAAGCUCAUGCUGCACCAUGGAGAGAAACAUUGAUCAGUUCUGUGACUUGCAUGGAAUUUUUUUGAUUGUGUUGUUUAAAUUAUAAGUUUUUUUUAUUUUUAAAAAUAAACCUGUUUAAAAC